AUGGAGGCCCGUCGACCUACAGCAUCGGGGCAUCAACUCUACUGUUACUUCUGUCGCAAAUGCGGAACGCGUCUCAUCCACUCAACUCCUGGAGGCUGCCUCGACGGACUGGACUGGAAACGUGCGGUGCACAUCUGGACCAAGACGGCGAUGGUUCCUAUUCCCGAAGGUUCUGAAACCCAUUCGGAGGAAUCAGGAUAUACGGACUACGGGUCGACCCAGGAGGAGCUGGACCAGCCUGGGGAUCUGGUGGGAAGCGCCGGAUGCAACAUACCUCCCAGCGAAAAGAUUGGAUCGAGUUCUAUCGAGGUCAAUGGUGAUGAAAACUGA